AUGGCACGAGUUCUCUCUGUUGGAGUGCUGGCUACGGUGCUUGCACCAGCCAUUGGCGACGGCCAUGCCUCGGCUCAGUCCACCGGCGGAUGCACGACGAAUUCGUUCACUACCCCAAGUUGGCUGGUCGACAACCUCGAGCUCCAGAGAGCGGCGAACCAGACUGUUGCCUCGUUCAACGCCCUCAAUCGAGCCACCGAUGUCUCGCUGGAGCUGGAAUGCUCAUCGAGUAGUAGUCCAACGGCCGGAGGAUGGCAGAGCUGCAGGAUCAGAAAUGUAACAGAGCACCUGCUCGCGGCCGCUUUCCGUGCCGACAACGCAACGGCAUGGUUCCGGUUCAGCGAGACCUGGUCCUGUAGUGACCUGACCCCGAGUGAACCAAUCACUUUCUCGGCCGUUGGAAACAGCUCGGUAGCCCUCGACUGCAAUGCUGAGAAAAGCAAGACGACGACCUGCCGACCUACAAAGCCCGUGCUCGUCAAAGCGACUCUCUCGUCCCCCGUCAAGGUCACGCCCUCGUACGUCAGCGGGCCGACGGGGCACGACGCAGAAGGCUGCACCGCGCAGUCGGGAAAACCGGCCUGGGAGUCCGGCAACGCCUUCGUCAUCAUCAGGAACGACAACCUGGGAUACAUAGCCUCGUGCGGAGGGCCGCUCACCGCGGACAGCGGACCGCAAGCGUUGACCUGCACCGGCCAGGUCCCGCGCCGCCGCCCGGACAAGUACCAGAUCGAGACGGCGCUCUCGUUCGACCCGGACACGUUCGUGCUCGCCAUCAACCAGACCUGGUACUGCGACGACCAGGACCCGGCAGAGCCAUUCGCCAUUACCGGGUACGGAACGACCGCGCUGGACCUGCAAUGCCAGGUCUUCGACGGGACGGGCGAGGGCAACACGACCACAUUUUGCACGGGCGUGACGGACGGCACGUUCGCUGGGGAGGCGACGGGGCGGCCCGCGGCGCUGCCUCCUUACUCGCUGCGCGACCCGCUCCCGACGGCCGAGGGGUGCACGGUCUCGUCGGUCGUGGCGCCGGGAUGGUGGCUCAACGACUUCGUGACCAACACGACGAGGGCGCGCAACGACACGGUGACGGCCCGGUUCGGCCUGGAGCGGCGGGGCGGAGUCGGCGCCGCCGCGCCGGCCGGCAGCUUCUCCAUCGUCGCGGCCGACGGCGUCCGCUAUUAUUACUCGUCGGCGGCCGACGGCUCCGUCGACGCGCUGCUGCCGUGGAACGAGUGCGUGCUCGAGUCGGUCGCCAACGCCGCGCUCGCGCCCACCGGCUGUGAGUUCCGCUACCGGAUGGCUACCCGCUUCCUCGCUCUCAAGGUGCAGUGGACAUGCAACGAUCUGGACGCCGAGAACCCUAUCGCCUUCAGCGGAGAGCUGGAAACCCGCGUGCCCGAGUUUACCUGCGUCACGUCUGGAAACGACAUACGCUGCGCUUCUCCGAACCCGAACCCCUGGGACGCCAAUGUCACCUCCGUCGCAUGGGAGCCUUAA